CCCACCAAAGAUGUACGUGGGUUAUCUGCUCGAGAAGGAUGCCAACAUGUACCCCAGCCCCGUCCGGCACCCAGGGCUCAACCUCAGCCCCCAGAGCUACGUACCUUCUGCGCCUCCAACUCAGUACUCGGACUUUCCCAGCUACCAACACGUCCAGGGGAUUAACAACGACCCUUCCCAGGGGCUGGCUGGGGCGGCCUGGUCUUCACCCUACCCCUCAGCCAAGGAUGACUGGACUGCCUAUGGGCCAGGCCCCGCGGCGCCCACUGCCAGCCCGGCCCAGAUCAGCUACAGCCCUGCAGACUUUGGGGCCGUCCAGGCGCCCCCGGGCCAUGGCCUGGGCCUCCUGCCAGCCUCCUUGGGCACCCCAGGGGCGCCGCUUUCCCCCAGCGGGCAGAGGCGCACGCCCUACGAGUGGAUGCGGCGCAGUGGGUCAGCGGGCCACAGCAGCGGUAAGACUCGAACCAAGGACAAGUACCGAGUAGUGUAUACAGACCACCAGCGCCUGGAGCUGGAAAAGGAGUUCCACUAUAGCCGAUACAUCACCAUCCGGAGGAAAGCUGAACUGGCCGUCAGUCUGGGACUCACCGAGAGGCAGGUGAAGAUUUGGUUCCAGAACCGUCGGGCAAAAGAACGGAAGGCAAACAAGAAAAAAAUACAGCAGCAACAAAGUCAGCCAAACAGCACCACGUCCACCACACCGACCCCAGGCUUGGGCCCCCUGCCUCCCAACACUCCCAUGGGAAGUUUGUGCACCAGCACCGCAGGCCUGUUGAGCUCCUCGCCGCUGACUAUAAAAGAGGAAUACCUGCCCUAAGACUCACCCCUGGCAGCGGAGCCAGACCAGGACAGGACACUACAGCAAUCUGAGGCACAGUGUGGAAGUUAGGGCUGGAGCAUAGGACUCCUGGGUCAGCGGAUGAAAAGGGGAAGGGUUCUGGCUUUCUGUAUCACUUGUGAAGUGGAAUGAACCGUUGCUUUAAGAACCAAGAGAUCUGGAUAUAAGUCCUAAUGUUGAACUGACUUCCUAUAGAAUUUUAGACAACUCAUUUUCCCUUCUUUGUAGGACUUGGUUUUCUAACUGUAAAUGGGGAGAUGGUUUAGAUUAGAUGAUCUCUGAAGUCCCUUCCAAUCCUUAACAUUUUAUAAUCCCAUAGUUCUGAAAGGGUGAGAGGAAGAGGAUGCUCCUUCUAUUGCUCCAGGGCACAUCCUUGCCUUCUGGUACCUGUGUCUCAGAGAGCAAAGGGAUCCACAUGAUUGGAUGGCCAAAGGCCAUCAAUGGGGCAGUCUAGAUCCUAGGAGCCCUAGGAAGGGCUCAAGAAGAAAAUCAAGUAAAAAGAAUCAAUAGAGAGAAGCUUUUGGGGGCAAGUCAGAGGUUGGUGAAGGGGAAAAGAUUGGGGAGGACCAUUUCCUUUCAGCAAAAGAUCACUGAGCCAUAGAUAGCUUAAGCUUCAGCAAUAUCUUCUCAACAAGAGAACCAGAAUCUCGGACACCUAUAUAAUUAUAUAGAGAACCAGAGACAAGAAAAUGAAGGAAAUGGCCUCUUGUGGUACCUUUUUGUUGGAGGUACCACAUCAGUCCAAAUAUACUAUAUUUUACCUUUCUCUAGAAAUAUUCUUCUUCUUCCUUGGACCUUCUUAAAACCUUUGCCUGGAGAAGGAAAACUGUCUUCUGGUGCCCUUCUCUAGCACUACCCAGCCCUCAAAUUUCCCUAAACUGCUCCUUUUUUCUUCUUCAUAUUUGGGGCAGGCACACAGAGAGAGACCAUGUGUAUACGGGCCUGUGCAAGGGAGACAGAGGGAGAAUGGGCCUCCCAGUCCCUUCCAUUGUUCCCAGAUCUCAGUAUUCCUGGAUAGUAAAAACAUAUUGCUUCCCCUAGAAGGGAAUUGGAAAAGAAUUCUCUAUUACUCCAAACUUCUGGUCUCAACUCUCAGAAGGAAAACCCUUUUAGGGAUUGAAAGAAGUAAGUAAGGUACAGGAAGUACAUCAGAAAGGGGAAAUACCAACCUUGCUCUUGCUCCCUGGCUCCCCUUAAGUCCAACUUCCCUCCAGGAUUGGGUGGGCUUAGAAGUCAAGAUAUCUAGGAACUCUGGACCUGUCAGGACCUGGGAGGGACUGCCAGGUAUGUCUUGUAUAUAAAUACUUUCUGAGGAUGCAGUUGAAAAGUUAAAUGUUUUUUAAACCCACAAGAGAAGUAUAAACUUUUCAGUUCCUUCUGAAGCAGGGGUUUUAGUGUAAGUAUAUGGACAGAGCUAAAGAGAAAUGUUUCUUAUAGGAUUUUCUCAUGAUGAUUUUAUGGAACCUUGAGAAGUGGGAAUGAUUCUUCCUGUUUUACAGAUGUGCAAUCUGAGACUCAGGGAGGUGGAGUCACUCAAGUUCACAGUGUAAAUGUUUAUGAAUAUAAAACUAAGAUAAGUACAUUCGGUCAUUUCCAAAGUUAGCCUUUCUUUUACCCUAUUCCUUCAUUUUCAUUCGUAUCUCCCUAUUCUGCUUUGGAACUGGAGGGAUUUGAGUAGAAGAUGGAUGUCACAGGCACAUGGGGUAUUAUGGAGGAGAGGAAAUCCUUUUACCAUAAAGAUUUUUCCUGUAGAGGGAAUUUAGAGGAAGGAUCAUCUGAUAUCAGCCAAGAUAGAGAGAUCUAUGUCUCAAUUCCGUCUCUGACAUUAGUUGUGUGGCUAUAAAGGAGGUUAUAGAAGAGAUCCUAAUUGAAGAAAUGAAAAGGAUCUCAGGAAAUCUAAUCCAACUCUCUCAUUUUAUAGUAAUUCAACUCUUUCAUUUUAUAGUUGAGGAAACACAGACUAAGAGUAAUGAAGUGAGUAGCCCACAAUGUGAAGAUCACACAUCAUUUUAAUCUCUCUGAGCCUCAGUUUCCUCAUCUAUAAAUUGAAAGAAUAAUCCUUA